GUGAAAAUCUAUUUAUUGGACUGAAUGACACUAAUUCACAUUCUUUUGCUCUUAUUUAAAAAAAAUUCCUUAAAACCAAUAAAAUUUAAAAAUAGAGUGGGUGAGCAAUGUCUUUCUUGUAUGACAUAUUCUUUGAUUUUGUUGUUCACAAAGUCUUCUAUUAAAUACCAGUUUGUCUUUUAGAUAUUUUGGUUAUAGGAAAUAUUCAUAAAGCUUCUCUCCCGACAGAGUCAAAGUGUGCAUCUAAUAUAUAGAAAGCGUCUUUGUGAAUCCUUCCUCCACCAUAAAAGUUCUUGAUCCUCUCUUCACCUUACUAAUGAAUCCUUCUUUUUUCCUUGGCAUUGUUGUAGCUGCAAUAGACUUCUUCAUGCUUUUUAGAAUAUUCAGAUUCCAACAAGAAAACAAAGAAAUUGAUUCUUCUUCUGCAUCUCCUUCAUCAGUUUCUCCAUCUACGUCGUCUCAUAACUGGACACAUCAAGUCUUUCCAAGCUUCCGCGGGGAAGAUGUCCGCAGAAACUUUCUUAGUCAUAUUCAAAAAGAGUUUCAGAGAAAGGGAAUCACAACAUUCGUUGAUAAUGAGAUCAAGAGAGGAGAAUCCAUUGGUCCUAAACUCAUACAUGCGAUUAGAGGAUCUAAGAUCGCGCUCGUCUUGCUUUCUAAGAACUAUGCUUCUUCAUCGUGGUGUCUUGACGAAUUGGUGGAGAUCAUGAAGUGCAAAGAAGAAUUGGGUCAAACAGUGUUGCCUAUUUUCUAUAAGAUUGAUCCAUCUGAUGUUAAGAAGCUCACCGGAAAAUUUGGGAGUGCUUUCAAAAAUAUUUGCGCAUGUAAAACAAAUGAGAUUAUUCGCAAAUGGAGACAAGCUCUAGCGAAAGUGGCAACAACCACCGGUUACAGUUCUCGCAACUGGGAUAAUGAAGCGGACAUGAUUGAAAAAAUAUCCUCUGAUAUAUUGAAAAUGUUGAAUUAUACUACUCCAUCAAGUGAUUUUGGCGGCUUAAUUGGGAUGGAAGCUCAUAUGAAAAAAAUGGAACAGUUGUUAUGCCUAGACUCUGAUGAAGUGAGGAUGAUAGGGAUUUGGGGUCCGUCUGGGAUUGGUAAGACCAUCAUUGCCAGAGUCUUAUUUAACCAAUUUAACGGCAGUUUUGAACUAAGUGUCUUUGUGGAGAAUAUCAAAGAGUUAAUGUGUAGGCCACUGUGUUCUGAUGACUACAGUACAAAGUUGCACAUACAGAGACAGUUUAUGUCUCAGAUAACCAACCAUAAGGAAAUGGAGAUUUGUCAUUUAGGAGUUGUACAAGAUAUGUUACACGACAAGAAGGUGCUUGUUGUUCUUGAUAACAUCGAUCAGUCAAUACAACUAGAUGCUAUCGCAAAAGAAACUUGUUGGUUUGGUCAAGGAAGUCGGAUUAUAAUCACAACGCACGAUCAAAAACUUUUGAAGGCACAUGAUGACAUCAACCAUAUUUACAAAGUGGGUUUCCCAUCAGCAAGUGAAGCUUGUCAAAUAUUUUGUAUGUAUGCUUUUGGACAAAAGUUCCCUAAAGAUGGUUUCGAAGAUCUUGCAUGGCAAGUUACAAAACUUUUAGGAGGACUACCAUUGGGACUAAGAGUUAUGGGCUCCCAUUUCCGAGGAAUGUCUAAGGAAGAGUGGAUAAAUGCACUACCACGGUUAAAGACUCGCCUUGAUUCCAGUAUUCAAAGCAUUUUAAAGUUCAGUUAUGAUGCCUUAUGGGAUGAAGAUAAAGAUUUAUUCCUCCAUAUAGCUUGUCUUUUCAACAAUAAAAGGACUAGCAAAGUCGAAGAGCAUCUAGCGCAUAAGUUCUUGGAUGUAAGGCAAGGGUUGUACGUAUUAGCUGAAAAAUGUCUCAUAUCUAUUGAUACUGAAUGGAUAAAGAUGCAUAAUCUGCUAGAGCAAUUGGGUAAAGAAAUUGUCCGUCAUGAGCCUGGGCACCAAUCUAUUUGUGAUCCUGGGAAGCGUCAAUUGUUAGUUGAUGCUAGAGAUAUUUGUGAAGUAUUAACUGAUGACACGGGUAGUAGUAGUGUUAUAGGUAUACAUUUCGACCCAUCUGAGUUGUUAGGCGAAUUAAAUAUAAGUGAGGGAGCUUUUGAGGGAAUGUCCAACCUCAAAUUCUUAAGAUUCAAGUGCACAUACGGUGACCAGAGCGAUAAAUUGUACUUACCGAAAGGUUUGAGUUUGCUAUCUCCAAACUUACUACAAUGGGGUUGUUUUCCGAUGUCAUGUUUGCCUUCCAAUUUUUGUACGAAGUACCUUGUCGAGCUAAACUUGCGGUUCAGCAAACUUCAUAAGCUGUGGGAAGGAAAUCUGCCUCUUGAAAACCUCAAGUGGAUGGUUUUGAGUUACUCGAAAAACCUAAAGGAGCUACCUAAUCUCUCAACCGCUACUAAACUUCAAGAAUUGUUUCUCAUUGACUGCACAAGUUUGGUGGAGCUCCCCUCCUCUAUCGGGAAUGCCAUUAGUCUCCAAACAUUGCACCUUGGUGAAUGUAAAAGUAUAGUGGAGCUCCCCUCCUGUUUUGGUAAUGCCAUUAAUCUCUCAUGGUUGAAUCUCUCUGGAUGCUCAAGUUUGGUGGAGUUGCCUUCUUCUAUUGGAAAUGCCACUAAUCUCGAGAUAUUGCAUAUGGAUAUGUGCACCGAUGUAGUGAAGCUACCCUCCUCUAUUGGCAACCUGUAUAAAUUGAGAGAGUUUACUUUAAAAGGAUGCUUAAAAUUUCCCGAGAUAUCCACAAACAUCAAACAUCUCUAUCUCAAUGGAACUGCAGUAGAAGAAGUGCCUUCGUCGAUCAAGUCAUGGUCUCGUCUUGAUGACUUGCAUAUGUCAUACAGUGAAAGCCUUAAGAAAUUCCCCCAUGCUCUUGAUAUCAUCACAACGCUAUACGUUAACGAUUUAGAAAUGCAUGAAAUUCCACUGUGGGUUACGAAAAUCUCUUGUCUUCGGGGACUUAAACUCAACGGAUGCAAGAAGCUAGUAUCACUCCCACAGCUUCCAGAUUCCUUAUCAUACCUAGAGGCAGUAAAUUGUGAGUCAUUGGAGAGACUUGAUUUCUCCUUUUACAAUCCAAAGAUAUAUCUCAACUUUGUUAACUGCUUCAAAUUGAAUAAAGAAGCCAGGGAACUCAUCAUCCAGACUAGUACUGACUAUGCGGUCUUACCUGGUGGAGAAGUGCCUGCAAAAUUCACUUACCGAGCUAAUAGAGGAAAUUCCAUGAUAGUAAACUUGAAUCAUAGGCCUCUUUCAACAACCUCAAGAUUUAAAGCUUGCAUCUUGCUGGUUAAUAAAGGGGACAAGGAGAAUGAGGCAAAUAGAAGGGAUUUGAUGGUAACUUAUCGCAUAAUGGACAAACAUAAUCUUAGCGUCGUUCCAUGCAGACCUACAUACCACUUUAUCCGGCCUCCCACUUUAGCGGAGCAUUUGUACACCUUUGAAUUUGAAGCGGAUGUGACAUCCAACGAGCAUAUCUUUGAGUUUAAAGUCGACAAUAACGAGAUGGUGAUACAAGAAUGUGGAGUACUCCAACCAUAAGCCUCUUCAUGUUCAUGUAGAUGAAGAGAGAUUUAGAGAAAGCGAGUGGAAGUUUAUCAUGAGAAUUAAUACUCCCAUUUUAAAGUCGCGAGUCUUGGUUAAGCUGUUACUCGAUGUGCACUUUUUAACGUUUGGUGUUGGUUUUGUAUAGUUGUAUGUACAGAGAACUUAUGUGUAACACCAACUCUAUGUGAUUUCCAAAAAGAGAGAGGAAAAAAAAAAUAACUUGCUGUCGACAUUUCUCAUUUUUAAAUUUUCCCAAUAAAACCCCAAUUUUUUUUUAUCUAUAAAAUUAACCCAACUGUAGUCGAGAAACCAAAACUUCUAAAGAAACCCAUAAGUUUCAUUAUUUAGGCGAAACUUCUAAAGAAACCCAUUUGCAUUCACUUGAAUCCUUGUUCUCUGCAAUUUGGAGUUUCUUGAAUUCUUCUCGUCGUAGUCUUUGAAUCCUAAAGGAACAAUCUUUUGUGUCAGAGAACGGCUCUAAGAUGACAGAGGACAAAGAUGAGGCUAGGGUUUCUCCAAGCGCUACAACGAACGAGGCAAAUGUAUCAACUUUCAUUGUUUUAACCUUUAUCGUCUUCAAUCUGAUUCAUCUUUUCGUGAAUUUGACACCAAGGUUUAACCAUUCGAUUCAACUACUUUGAUUUUAGUUUUGGAAUCUAUUUUGUGAAUAAAGAUUGUGGCUUUUUUUUUAUUUUUGGCUCUGAACCUUUUGUUUAGGCUAUGCUUAUCUUAAAUCCUGACCAAGUUUUAACCCUCUUUUGGGCUACAGUCGAACACAUUUAAAAAAUGAAAUGGAAUUCAAAGAAUAUUUCACAUUACCAAUAGCAAUUGGAACGAAAUUUUAAAUGUGUUUUUGAACUUUCUAGUUACAG